GCCCACUGGUUUAACAGUUUGGAGCCACUCCCAGGGCCGAGGUCCAGGAGGAGGGCAGGACUACAACUCCCAGCACGCCGUGAAGCCACGCCCCCACCGCAGCUCCGCCCCCGCGAGUUCUCCAUUGGCCUCCAGGGGGUGGGGAUUAGAUGGGAGGUGGCCAUGGGGACGCGGCAGGGGUUUGUCCCCUCCUCGGCCUCCGUAGAGGAAGUCGCGCCGACCUGUAUCUGGGGUUUCGGUGUCCCCGCCUUCCAGGGGGUCCGGGGUGACAUUGCACCGCGCCCCUCACGGGGUCGCGUCGCCACCCCACGCGGACUCCCUGGCUGGCGUGCUUCAUCCCUUCGCCUCUCUUGGCCGGGCCCCCACCUCGCCCCCAGCUGCCCAGCCAUGGGGGCCGCAGUGUUUUUCGGAUGCACUUUCGUCGCUUUCGGCCCGGCCUUUGCGCUUUUCUUGAUCACUGUGGCAGGAGACCCGCUUCGCGUCAUCAUCUUGGUCGCCGGGGCAUUUUUCUGGCUGGUCUCCCUGCUCUUGGCCUCUGUGGUCUGGUUCAUCUUGGUCCAUGUGACCGACCGGUCGGAUGCCCGACUCCAGUAUGGCCUCCUGAUUUUUGGUGCUGCAGUCUCUGUCCUUCUACAGGAGGUGUUCCGCUUUGCCUACUACAAGCUGCUUAAGAAGGCAGAUGAGGGGUUAGCAUCGCUGAGUGAGGACGGAAGAUCACCCAUCUCCAUCCGCCAGAUGGCCUAUGUUUCUGGUCUUUCCUUCGGUAUCAUCAGUGGUGUCUUCUCUGUUAUCAAUAUCUUGGCCGAUGCUCUUGGGCCAGGUGUGGUUGGGAUCCAUGGAGACUCACCCUAUUACUUCUUGACUUCAGCCUUUCUGACAGCAGCCAUUAUCCUGCUCCAUACCUUUUGGGGAGUUGUGUUCUUUGAUGCCUGUGAGAGGAGACGGUACUGGGCUUUGGGCCUGGUGGUUGGGAGUCACCUACUGACAUCGGGACUGACAUUCCUGAACCCCUGGUACGAGGCCAGCCUGCUGCCCAUCUAUGCAGUCACUGUUUCCAUGGGGCUCUGGGCCUUCAUCACAGCUGGAGGGUCCUUCCGAAGUAUCCAGCGCAGCCUCUCGUGUAAGGACUGACUACCUGGACUGAUCGCCUGACAAAUCCCACCUGCCUGCCCACUGCCCGUGACUGAGCCCAGCCCUAGCCCGGGUCCAUUGCCCACCAUUCUCUGUCUCCUCGUCGGUCUAUUCCACCACCUUCAGGGUUUUGCUUUGUCCACUCAUGACCUUUAGUCUCUAGGCUUUACCAGGAGCAGUCUGGGUUCAGCCAGUCAGUGACUGGUGGGUUUGAAUCUGCACUUAUCCCCACCAUCUGGGGACCCCCCCCCCUUGUUGUCCAGGACUCCCCAUGUGUCAGUGCUCUGCUCUCACCCUGCCCAAGACUCACCCCCAUUCCCCUCUGCAGGCCGACGGCAGGAGGACAGUCGGGUGAUGGUGUAUUCUGCCCUGCGCAUCCCACCCGAGGACUGAGGGAACCUUGGGCGGGACCCCUGGGCCUGGGGUGCCCUCCUGAUCUCCUCGCCCUGUAUUUCUCCAUCUCCUGUUCUGGACAGUGCAGGUUGCCAAGAAAAGGGACCUAGUUUAGCCAUUGCUGUGGAGAUGAAGUCAAUUGGAGGUUCAAGGGUAGGCGAGCUCUGAGUUUCCCAGUACCCCCUCCCCAGACUGGAUAUCUUAAGUCUUUUUCUCAGGUCUGAGGGGAACCAUUUCUGGUGUGAUAAAGACCCCCAAAUUGCCUUUUUCUUUUGAAGCGGGAGGAGGGAGGAAGUAUGUGUUAAUUCUUCUCCUAACCUCCUUGGACUAUAUUUUCCCUCCUCAAAUUGCUCCUUAUGGCUGGGCUUAUAUCUAUCCAGCUUUCCCCUUGGUCCCAGGCUUUGGGGGAAAGGAAGGAAGUGCAUGUUUGGGAACUGGUAUUACUGGAACUAAUGUUUCAACCUCCUUGACCACCAGCAUCCCUCCUCUCCCCAAGGUGAACUGGAGGGUGCUGCGGGGAGCUGGCCCACUCCAGAGCUGCAGUGCCACUGGGGGAGUCAGCCUACCGUGACAUCGCAGGGAAGGAGGGCAGAUUUUUUUCUAGUUUUUAAUUGGGGGAUGUGGGGGGGGGGGGGGAGGUUUUCUAUAAACUGUAUCAUUUUCUGCUGAGGAUGGCGUAUCCCAUCCUUUUAAUCAAGGUGAUUGUGAUUUUGACCAAUAAAAAGGACUUUAUAAUUGUG